UUCGGAAAUACUUCAUCGCUGAUGUGUUGUGUCUCUGGGGCACUCCACCUAGUCCUUGGAAUAUCGUAGUAGGCUGUGGCAGUCGUGGUUCAAUUAUUCCUUCGUUUGGUACUUCAAAGGAGUUUUGGAAUGCUUUGUCCCAAAUGUUGAUGAGCAAUUGAUCUGCAGUGGUCGAAUUGAAUAUAAUCUUUCUGCAAGCAGUCAUUGACAGAAUUUCAACUGAAUCUUCAGCUGGGAGGUAUUGAAUUAUGAGUUUUGAAGAAGACGAUAGUGGAACAUUUACACUUAGAAUAAAGUCACGUUCAGAUGAACAUGAAGGAACACAGAAGAAAACAUUCACAAAGUGGAUAAAUGCCCAACUAGCCAAGGCUGGCAGUGGCCAACAAGUUAAGGAUUUGUUUGAAGACCUAAAAGAUGGAACCAAACUACUUCUGCUACUAGAAAUUUUAUGUGGAAAACGAAUUAAAAGUGAAAAAGGUCGCACCAGAGUUCACUUUAUGACCAAUGUAGACAAUGCCCUCAGGAUUCUAGAGGAAAACAAUGUACGACCUGUUAAUAUCAGUAAUGAUGACAUUGUUGAUGGAAACCCCAAACUAACCUUGGGGCUGAUGUGGUAUAUCAUUUCACACUUUCAGUUGCAAUUGCUGCUCAAGAAUUUGAUGUUGGAUUCUGAUUCUGAAACACCAGAGGAGAAACUGCUAGCCUGGUGUCGGCAGUCAGUGAGAGGAUAUGAUGGUGUGGAUGUCAAGAACUUUACCACCUGCUGGCGUGAUGGACUGGCAUUCAAUGCAUUAAUCCAUAGAUACAGACCCCAUCUGUUUGACUACAGUGACCAGUUGGACAAGACUCCUUCCGAUUGUUGUGAACACGCUUUUUCAGUUGCAGAGCAGUUUCUUGAUGUGGACAGGCUUUUGGAUCCUACAGAUGUUGUUCGUGAUCGCCCAGAUAAGAAGUCCAUCCUGAUGUACGUUUCCAACUUGUACAACAAGCUAGCGCCUGGCGUUACUCACAUGACCGUACAAAGGAACCCUUCAAGUACGUCACGCAAGAUAGAGAAGUCGGAACACACCCAUACCGUGUCGAAACGCACGAUUAGCAGCACGUAUCACACUGAACACACAGUGAAACACGUGAAGAAAGGUUAUGAUGAGAGAGAACCCGUGAGAUAUGUGACCACCACGAGUACCACAGUCAAGGAACCACCUAUACAACACUCAGCUAUUACUACUGUGGUUGAGCGCAGUCAGGAAUCAGAGAGACCCGACUCCAUGGUUAGUGAAACCAGCAGUAUCCGUGAUUCCGUCGGUUCGUUUAAAGAAUGGGAAGACUAUAACACUGCGCUGCAAGAUGUCUUGAACUGGCUGUCACAGGCAGAAAGAACUUUGGAGUCACAAGAGAACAUCUCUGGUGAAGUAGACGCCGUUAAGAAACAGUUUCACGGACAUGAGGACUUUAUGAUGGAACUCACGUCACAUCAGUCGGAGGUGGGAGCAGUUUUAGAGUUUGGUAACCAGAUGAUAAGUGAGGGGCUUGUGAACGAGAAGGAAGAAACUGAGAUUCGAGAGCAAAUGAUGUCACUCAAUGAUCGAUGGGAAGCACUCAGAGUUGCGGCCAUGGACAGGCAGACAAAGCUUCACAUACAGUUGAUGGAUCUCCAACAAAAGCAAAUCAAUUCGUUGGGUGACUGGCUGGCUGUGGCCGAAAAGCGAAUCGAGAGUUCGGAAAACAUUGGCUCUGAUCUGGACACCGUGAAACGCCAGGUGGAAAACCACAAGUUUUUCCAGGAAGACCUCGAGAAGCAGCAGGUGCAGGUGAACUCACUGACGCACAUGGUUGUUGUAGUUGAUGAGAGCUCCAAUGAGAGUGCUACCGCCGACCUGGAGGAACAGUUGGCGGUUCUUGGGGAGCGCUGGUCAAACGUUUGCAAGUGGACAGAGCAGAGGUGGUCUAUGUUGCAAGAAGUGUUGAAGAGCUGGCAAGAGUACAGAGACGAAGAAAGGAGGUUGUCCAAGUGGCUGAAAGAAAAGGAAUCACAGAUUGAAGAUAUCAAGCAUAUUGACUUAGGCGAUAGCGAUGUGGUAAAGAAAACGGUCAAAAUGUUAAUGAGUUUAGAGCAAGAAAUGGAAGCACAACAGGCUACGUUUGGAACUUUUAAUCUUGCUGCCGAGAAAGUCGCCGAAAACUUAGACGAAGACUCGCCUGGAGUCACCGAGAUUCAAGACAAAAUGGAAGAGUUUAAUGACAGAUGGAACAAAAUUACCACAGAGGUUUCCAGUAGAAUAUCCUUGCUGGAAGGUAUGGACGUAAAACUGCAGCAUUUUCUGUCCGACUUGGUUGAUAAAAGUCAAUGGAUCACAGAUACAGAGACUCUGCUUAAGUCUCCCGCUUUUAGUCUGGAUGACGAAAACAUCUCCAGUGAAAAAGUGGCUCAACAGAACGACCUAAUUGAGACUCUUGACAACGGUAGAAGACAGAGGAAAUCAAGUGUGACUACCGUACAGAAAAAGGGAGAAGAGUUAAUCGAGUACUGCCGUAGUCAAGGCAACAUACCAGUGUCACUUGAACAGUCGCUUAGCAACUUCACCGACCGCUGGAAUACCGUUAGUAGCUUGAUUGAUGAUCGUAGGCACAAAGCUCUGCUGGCGCGUCGAAGGCGGGAGGUACAAGACUUGAUGAUAACUCUAGAAGCAGUGAUCAAGGAUGUGGAGAGAGUCAUUAACAAGUUCAGUACUGAAGUCCCUGAGAAUGAGUAUGAGAUGAAAUCACAACUGGAGUUAUGUAAGAUAAAACUCGAGGAAAUGUCCACCAAUGAGGUCUCCAUGAUCAAAGUGCGUGAACUGUCGCGGACACUGAGUAAAGAGGACAGACACACCCCACACCUCCAGUCUGGAGUGAAACGACUGGAUGACCGCUGGACAAAAGCACAGGCGACGCUAGAAGAUAGACAGAGACAGCUGACGGCCGCACUGGAGUCUGGGCCUCCAAAGCAGUUCCUCAGCACAAUGGAUACCGUCCUGCUGAAGAUCAAGAGCAUGGAGUCUCAACUUGGCUCGGAGUUUCUUAUUUCUGAUACAGCUUCUCUUGAGGAACAGUUACAGAAGUACAAGCAAUUGCAAGCAAACAUGGUUGAACAGCAAGGGAACAUGGACUAUCUCAACAGCACUGGAGACAAGUUUGUGAAGUCUCUUCCCCGACAGCGAUCAGAACAGCUUAGGAUGAAGCUUGCAGACUUAAAUGAUAAAUGGAGAGACAUCAAUCUUCAUGCUGAGAAGCGACAAAACCAGGUUGGAAAGGCCGUCAACCAAACUCGACAAUUUACGGAAGAGAUCCGAGGAUUGUUUAAAUGGCUGACGGACGCCAAUGAUUUCCUCAAGGAUCAGGAAUCUGCUGCUGGUGACCCGGAAACAUUGGAGGCUCAGCUGGACCAGAGCGAGGCCUUGCAAGGCGAUGUGACUAAACUUCAGCGCAAAUUGGACUCUUUGAAUGAAACUGGAACAUACAUGAUAAGCAAAGCUUCACCAGCGUAUGCCGAUAAACUCAAAAAUGAAUUGGAUGAACUAAACGGGCGCUGGGACGAGCUGGUGCGUGUGUCGCUCAGGGUGAAGGAUAACUUAGUGGCAGCUUUGGAGAAAUAUCAAAAGUUGACUCACGACAUGAAGGAGAUCAGCCAUUGGAUCAUGCAGGUGGAGAGGUCUAUUGUUGAUGAUGAGGGGGAGAUCACGAGUGGUGGAAUCUCCAAGGAGAAGAUGGACCAUUAUAAGGAACUACAACAAGAUAUAUCGAAGCGUGCGCCAGUAGUUGUUCGAAUCAACACGACUGGAAAUCAAUUAGUUGACCGCACAAAACAGGGAAGCCCCGCCCUCCUUAAAGAAAACUUGAAAAAGCUGAAUGGCGAUUGGAACCGACUGAAGACAAAGGUUGCACAGCGGCAACACGAGUUCAAGCAGACUCAGUUAGAACUGGAGCAGUUUCAUGUGUUGAUUGAGCGAGACAAGAAGCUGAUCGGUGAACUGGAUCGAGUGGUGGAGAAGAGUUAUCAUGUGCUCGAAGGAACUGAAACCGAACUUGAAGAAGCUCUGAGGAAUCUAAAUCGUCAUUUUGCGGCCAUCAAGGAAAGCGGUCCAGGCUCAGUAUCAGAACUCGCCAGGCAGCUGACGAGUAAAAGAAUCGCUGUAAAUGUGAUCAGAAAAAAUAUGGACGAGUAUGAGGAUCGGUUGUCCGACAUCAAAGGUAAAGUUGACAAAACACGCCAGGUUCUUGAAGGAGAAAUACAGCGAAGACAACAGAUGAAGAAAGACCUGGAGACAAUUAGGAUGUGGUUUGUGAAGAUUGAAGUUCUCAUUAACUCGAAACUCACCAAACACGAAGAGAUGGAUGAGAGGGAAAUGAAGGCUCUAGAAGAAGAGUUCGCCCUAAACCAGUCUCUAAUGAACUCAGUGGAAUCAACGGCAACGGAACUCAGCAAAACCCCCAAAGGAUCUGUCUACCUCAAGUUGUUAAGGGAACUGGACCAGAUUAAACUUAAAUGGACAACAAUCCACACUAAGUUUAUAGAAGUCAAAGAGCAACCAGGAAAAAAACUCGAGGCGGAGUUUGACAAACUUCAUGGUCAGACAUUGACUGAUUUGGAUAAAAUACAUAGAGGUGUGAAAAAGCUAAAGUUAGAGUCCGCUGAGCCAAGGAAUAUCAAAAGUCUUUUGGAUAAAUGUAUGUCCUACAAAGAUGAACUGUCCACAGUCAAGAAAGACUUGGAACAAGUCAAGAAGCUUGGCUUUCAGAUUAUGGAGCGUGUUCCAGAAGAAAAAAGGUCUGGGGUCGAAAAACGAGUGGAAGAAGUGGUACAUGAACACAGAGAACUGGAGAAGAAAGUACGAAGCAAGGAAGAGUCUUUCCGUGAAGCGUUACCUUUGGCUCAACGCCUGGAAAGUGAGAUGAGCAGUUUGGAAAAGUGGCUGGAGGACAGGACUACUGAAGUAAAGAAGAGAGAAGAGGACGGAUUCCCAGAAGACGUGGAUGGCGAGAUUAAAUGGAACAAGGGUCUCGUGCAAGACGUUACUGGCAAAAUGUCAGACGUGCAAAACCUCACACAAGUUGGUCGUGAAUUGGUCGACUUGUCUGAAACUGGCCAACUUGAGAACUUAGAAGCCCGACUAACACGCAUCAACAACGCGUGGGAGGAGUUGAGUUCAUCGGCAGAACAGCGAAUGUUGACUUUGCCUAAGUACAAGGCAAAACUUGCAGAUUUUGAGAAAUCCGUGGAUCAAAUGAACCAAUGGUUGGAAGAUAUGGAAAAGGAAACUAACAAAGUGGAGCCGAAAUUAGACGAAACGGACGUCGCUAAGAACAAAAUUGACGAAAUACAAGAAAGCAUCAAGAACCGCGAGCCUCAGCUGAACCUAAUCAGGAAACAGAGCGGUGAAUUCGUUCAUCGCGGCCGUCCCAUCAUGGAGCCUUACAAGCGUCUACUGGACAGAAGGUGGGAUGACCUGUCGGCCAGGAUAAGCCAGCUGGAGCACGACUUGGAUGAGGCCAAAAGGACGGCUGCAGAAGCCAGAGCUAAAGGAGGUCGAGUUGAAACAGAGAUUAUCGUCACGGAACGUAAGACAGUGUGUUCUCCUUCCGGAGGAUUUAUUAAUGAAUAUCUAUCAAGAGAAGAAAGAAGUGAAACUGACACGGGACUGCCCAUCACCACCAUCACCACUCACAGGAGCUACAAAACAAACUCGGCUCCAGGGCAUUUUGUGGAUGAUGACUUCCAGAGGCGUUUAGAUCAGAUUCUUUUGGAUAUCAAAGGUUUGGAAGGUCUUAUUCUUGACAUUCAAUCCCCCAAGAAAUCAUCCGAGAAAGAAGUCAACGAGAAAAUCAAGGUUGCCGAAAUUCAAGUUGACAAUCUUCAGCCGCGCGUGGAGCACCUGUUGAAGGAGAGCAAAACCUAUGCUAACAGAGAGGGGGCACGGGGAGAUCACAUCCACCAGUCGUUGCUUGAUUUGUCCAGUCGAUGGGUGAAGGCGUGCGAUGAAGUAGAGAAGCAGAAGAAAGCUGUGCGUAUUGUGCCAAACUGGUAUCAGUUCAGAAGCAACUUGGAUGACAUUGAUGCGUGGCUCAGAAGGAUGGAGCAAGAGAAAGAAUUAACUGUGAAGCCGGAAGAAAUCGAGGAGCAACAAGCCAAAUACGAGAUGGUGUUUAAGAAUAUUGAGGAACUGGACAGACAGGGAGUCCAGAUACUGACUCCCCGCGAGAUUGAGCGAUUGAGGAAGAGAUUUAGGGACAUUCAUACCAAGUUUACGCAGUACCACAGGCCAGCUGGGGACGCCACUUCUUACCGCAUCACAAUUCACACUGGUGACGUAAGGGAUGCUGGUACGCAGUCUAACGUGUCUGUGAUGUUGUUCGGUGAUAAAGGAAAGUCGCCGAAACUUCGCUUGGACAAAUCUGAGACAUACAAUACUAAGUUCUGUCGCGAUCAGCUUGAUAUAUUCACCGUUUAUAACAUUCCACACCUCGGCGAUUUGCACAAGGUCCAAGUUUGGCACGAUAGAACUGGACCCAAGCCAGAAUGGUUUGUGAAGGGAUUUUACGUCGAGGACAGAUCAACCAGAAAGGUUUACUUUUUCAAUUGCAACUCAUGGAUUGGUCGAGAUGCUGACAUGCAAGACAUCAAGUGUGAAGGUUACACUCUACCAGAAGAAGGCGAAGAUAUUAUGACUAAGGCGUCACUAGCGCGAGUCCGCUGGCAAGUAACCCUUGUGCAGCAUGAGCCUGCUUUGACUCCCGGGUGGAAGUUGGUGGAAGACAUCAGGAAACUGUCAGAUGAAGUCCAUGAAGUGGAGCUGCUGCUGGAAUCUCCUGAGCUACAGAAAGCAGACUUUGAAGACUUCUCCAAACAGGAGGACAAAUUGAAGCUAAUAAGCGAGAAACUGGAGAAUUUUGAGCCACGUGCAACUGAAGUUCUCUCUCGAAGUGAAACCGUUCAGUCCGCCUGCAGUGAAAAGGAAUACGAUGCUGUGAAGAGAGCCGCCAGCAAGUUCAGACUACAAUGGAAUAACCUUCAUCAGGAUUAUAAGGCGCGGUCGCUUCGCUGGGAGAAAGCAGUUGCAGUGUGGAGACAGUUCCACUGCGAUCUUAAAGACGUGACAUCUUGGAUGACACACGCGGAGAAGGUUCUUAGUGAGACAUCCGGGGAAGUUGAAUUUAACGCCGCUAAAAAAGAACAGAAGGGUUUGGAAGAUGGUAUCGCCCGACAUCAGAGCACAGUCAAUGCCAUGAAUACCGCUGGUCAGGAGAUUAUCAGUAAAUCGACAACUGUGGAGGCUGAUAUGCUCCGGGACAAACUCACCACACAAAACAGGCGCUGGGAAUCCAUCUGCAAUCAAGUAGCUAACAGAAGAGACAGAUUUAAAGAGGAAGCCAUGCAGAUUGAAGAGUUUUUGGAGGAAAGUAGAGAAAUGCUGCAGUGGAUGGACGAAGCAGAUGCUGAAUUGCAAACUAGGGAUCCGUCACCAGCUGAUGAGGAUGGACUGGUGGAAUUGAUUGAAAAAAUCAAAGGAGUUCAUAAAGAACAAAACGACAGAGAAGAUACAAAGAACAGCAUUCAACAGACGGCAAAUAGACUUCUGGUUAAGCCAGCUAUCUCUAAACCCAACUCGGAGACCAUCAGAGCGAGGCUGGACAUCCUUCUUACUCGUUGGGACAUUCUACGCGCAGAUAUCGCCACGCGCACGCGCGGAGUGGAGUCCAAGCUGAGACGCGUGUCAGAGUUCCUUGGUGAUCUAGAAGAGCUUAGUUCAUGGGCCUCUACGACAAUAAAACUGUGGGAGAAGGGAGAAAGUGUGGAAGUCGUUGAUAUCAAUCCUAAGACUAUUCAAGAGUCAAUGAAGUCUCGUCAACCGAAGCUUGACGCAGUAAACGAAAACAUGGCGCGCUACAGACGUGAAAGUAAACUUGAUGGAAACCAGGUCCCAAAGUCUCUGGAGGUUAAAGUCAAAGAACUUAAUUAUAACUGGAGUCGAAUUGCUUCACUCACCGCUAACAUGUUCGCUCGCCUUCGCUCGCCCCCUAGAGUUCUCGAGGAAACAGUUGUCAAGGCGGAUCAACCGUCAGUUCACACUGGCAUCCCGCUGAUUACAGAGGAGCGAGCAUCUCCAUGGCCGAAGUUCGAUAAAGCAGUGUUGGAACUUCAUGACUGGCUCGAUACAUUAUCAGAGAUGAUGAAAACAGAGAAGAUAGUCCUGGGAGAUUCUGAAGACAUGGAAGGACUUUUGGAGAAACAAAAGUCCAUAGACGAACAGCUUAAGACCAAACAGCAUUUGUUGGACGAAAUUGCUGAAAUGGGUCAAAGUCUUGCUGAUGAUGCGCAGACUGAGGAAGACAAGUUUUUGAUCGACAGCAAAGUCAGCAAAUUGAAGGGUCAUUGGGAGACUAUCGCGGACAAUUCGAGCGUCUGGCGAGGUCAAAUCGAUUACUUGAUCGAGGAAUGGAAGAGAUUCGUGGAACUUCGGGAAGAGCUACUAGAGUGGAUCAGGAAAGCCGAAGCUUAUCUAGAAAAAGACGAGAACGUGUACGGCUACACGGUCAGCGAACUGGAAGAACAAAUCGACAAACAUAAGGAGUUUGAAGAUGAUGUCGAAAACUGGCGCGGCAGUAUCACUGCUGUGAAUCAGUGCGGUGAACACUUGGUACAAGAAUUCCCUCAUUACGAAUCGGGAGAACUGAAAAAUUCCAUGUCUGAGGUUAAUGAGAGAUGGAGUAAGAUUACCAAUAGAUCUGACUCUCGUAAGAAACAUCUGAAGGAAGCCUUUGACCGCAUGGUGCGAUUCCACGAGGACAUGAUCAAUGCACUAACAUGGCUGACGUCAGCUGAGUCUAAAGUAGCGGAGUUAGAUAGCGCAGUGGAAGCAACAAGUACCGAGGAGCAGCAAGACAUGGAUGCACUCAGGAAGGAAUUGAAAUUCCUUGAAGAUGACAUCAAUGGACAUCAAGAAAUGUUUGCUUCGCUGAACGAAAAUGGCCAGCUGAUUAUGGCCGAGAUGGAGCCUGGGGACGUGCUAACCGCUGUUCAAGCCAAGCUUGAUGAUAUGAAUGACAGAUGGCAGUCACUCAAUGUUCGUACGCUGGACAUCCGAGAUCGGCUGGAGGACACUAGUACCGAGUGGCGUCAGUUAUUGAUGGAUCUUCAGGAGAUAAUCGAUUGGAUUGCACGUGCUGAUCAGGAGCUGACUCUUCAACAGCCAAUAGGAGGAGACGUGGAAAGCGUGCGCAACCAGAACGAGAUGCACCAAGCUUUCAAGGGCAAACUAAAUGUGAGGCGUCUGGUUGUCGAUCGCGCUCUGGACGACAGCCGAAGGGUUUUAGAAGAAUAUAAAACUGACCGAGCCGCUGACGAACCAAAAGAUUCACCACGGGUGCGCAUUGCACAGAAUCUUAAACGUCAGAUCGACACGGUCAGUGAACGCUGGUCAAUGUUGUGCCGGCGAUCAGAGGAUUGGCAGCAGUGGAUCGAUGAAGUCCUAAGGAAGUUGCAGCUUUUCCAGGGCCAGAUGGAAGAGAUUGAUGUUCGGUUGGUUGAGGCCGAGCAAGCUAAAUCGAACUGGACACCAGUUCAAGAUCUCGUCAUUGACUCGCUCUCCGAACAGAUGGAUGAACUCAAGAGUCUCCAAGAACAAAUCGCAUCUCUUCAGAACAUGUUUGAGACUCUCAGCAGCACAGAGAGCGAAAUGAGGAGAGAGGGUGUGUCACUGUCACCAAAUCUUCAAAACCGGAUUGACCAGCUGUACCGAAGAUGGAAACAAUUACAGAUCCAACUGCUACAAAGACAACACGCCCUGCAAGAAGCCUACUCCAGCUUUGAUACUUCAUCUGUGCAAGGAUUACAAGCGAGUGUCGAACCACCCUGGGAACGAGCGGUAGCGCUGAACAAGGUUCCCUACUACAUUAACCACAAGACAGAAACAACACAGUGGGAUCAUCCAAAGAUGACCGAGCUUUACCAUCAAAUCGCGGAAUUGAACGACAUCAAGUACAGCGCUUACAGAACAGCCAUGAAACUCAGAUGUAUUCAGAAGGCUACUAGUCUGGACCUGGUGACCCUCAACAAUGUGAUAUCAGCCUUUGAGCAGCACCAUCUGAAACAAUCUACCAACGAUUCUUUAAUCGGUGUCCCGGAUAUGGUCAAGGUAUUGACGACUAUAUAUGAGAACAUUGAGGUGCCAGCGGAUUUAUCGAUGACCAGCAAUGAGUUCUGUGUUGACCUGACGCUUAACUGGCUUCUUAACGUCUAUGACAGCGGGCGAGUCGGAAAAAUUCGUGUUCUAUCAUUCAAAAUUGGUCUGGUGACAAUGGCUAGAGCUCAUUUAGAAGACAAAUACAAAUAUUUAUACCGGCUUGUUACGGACGAAAAAGGCUUAAUGGACCACAAGCAACUUGGAUUGCUCUUACAUGACUCGUUACAGAUUCCCCGUCAACUGGGUGAGAUCGCCGCUUUUGGUGGCAGUAACAUUGAACCGAGUGUGAGAAGCUGUUUCUCGAAGGCAGGAGAAAAAAAGACCAUCGACUGUGCAGAGUUUAUGACGUGGUUAUCAGAGGAACCUCAGUCUAUUGUUUGGCUCCCAACACUUCACAGACUGGCCGCGUCAGAGGCUGUGAAACACAAAGCAAAGUGCAGCAUUUGUAAAGAGUACCCUAUUGUUGGGUUUAGGUUCCGUUGUCUAAAGUGCUUCAACUACGAUUUAUGUCAGAGCUGCUUCUGGUCGGGCCGAGUCUCCCAUGAUCAUCGUCUCACUCACCCAAUGCAUCAGUACUGUCUGUCGACCACCUCUGGUGAGGAUGUACUAGAUUUCUUGGCCAUGGUUAGAAACAAAUUCAAGAAAAGGCGAUACAAGAACAAACCGCCACGAAAACUUGGUUAUUUACCGAUUCAGACGGUAAUGGAAGGAGGAAAUCUCGAGACACCACCCAUGCCGACUCCUCAACAAAAUGUUAAUCAUGAAGUACACAACAGACUAGGCAUGUUUGCACACAGGUUGGCCGAAGCAGAAUCAGAAGGAGGAAAAUAUAAUCCACACGAUUUGGACGAAGAGCAUCAGCUUAUAGCACAGUACUGCCAAAGGUACAAGCUAAUCCCGUUUUACCACAAGCCUAAAAGCCCAACUCAGAUUGUAAUGGCUUUGGAUGCGGUUGAAAAAGAAGAUCUUGAAACUGAGCUUCUUAAACUGGAAGAAGAAAACAGGGACCUCCAAGAAGAAUAUGAACGGCUCAAGUCCAUCAGAGAUCAGUCUAGCCUCCCAUCUGAUAGCGAGCCCUCUCCGGGUGGACCUCAGAACAGAGAUUCUGAGUUGCUUGCAGAAGCUAAACUUCUGCGUCAGCACAAAGGUCGCCUGGAGGCGAGAAUGCAAGUGUUGGAGGACCACAACAGACAGCUAGAGGCGCAGUUGCAGCGACUUAGACAACUUCUUGAUCAGCCCGGCCAAGACAAACAGAGCGGGGCCCAGUCCUCCGAACGAACCACUCCGUCUUCCUCCGUCAGCUCGCUAGGAGACGGUCCGUAUUCCCCGGUCAAGUCAGGUCGAUCGGGAAAAUCCCGCGGGAAUGAUAGCGAUUCCGAAUCGGAACCCGGUGGGACGAACUCAGGACCUCUGAAAAAUGGUUUUGCUAGUAAGGGAAGUGAGGAUCCAGCUCUAAAGGAAGUCAUGAGUCAAAUAAGUUCUUCUUUUCCUCGUGAUCAGAAAAGUGCAGAUCCCGUUGGACAUUUGUUUGCUACUGCAAAAGAUGUUAAUAAAGCUGUGGAAUCUUUAGUUCAAGUUAUGACGGAUGAUGAAGCUGAGUAGCAAUGGUAGAUAUUUGGGCAAAUAACUGACAUUAUUCAGUACUGACAUUAUUCAGUACAGACAUUAAGGGACAUUUUAUAAACAUUUUGUCUAAGAGAUUGUAUGCGCGUAUUUUUACUGGUUUUCCCAAAGAUGUGCUGUUAUGGGAUUAUAAAUACCUGCUCACUCACCAUGAAUUCAAUCUCGAAUGUGGUAACCUAGAAAAGCCGAAUGUCUCCGAAGUUGAUCGUUCGGGUCUAGUCGAUCUUCGGCGACGGAGUUAUGUCUCGGAGAGAAGCAGUACCUCGGGAUAGAAUGCGUUUGAGACAGGGAUGUUGUUGAAGUAGUUCUUUUAUAAGCGGUGAAGCGUUGCUCGUUAUUCAAGUGUAGUUUUAAAGACCUAUUUCAAAAGUCUUACCGAAACUACCGUGCUUUUACAAAUGCAUUUUUAUCGGAAAUUUGAUGAUUCAUUCUUAAUGAAUUAAAUAAUCCUCCCUCGAAAUUUCUUCAAUGUUGAAAUUUGUUGUGGAAAAGUUAUGAACAGCUCCACGAUUAACUAUUAAUAGAUAAUAAUAAAGCGGUAAUUUAGAUAUUUUAAUUGCUUGUUAAUUUUAAAGAAACAGUUCCAAGUGAAAUUCACAAAGGUAGUUCAAUUUGACGUGUAGUUCGGAACGAAAUUUAAGAAAUCGAACCAAAAAGUCGUAAGUUGCUGGGGACUGGCGCGAGGUAUGAUAGCCUCCCCUGACAUGAUGUAACAACUUGGGUAUCUGAAGUAUCUAAGUUUCGUCUUGUUAAAUUUUUCAACGUGGUUCUCUUUUAUUCCAUAUUCUUCUUUACCUCACUCAUUUUGGGGUAACUCUUGGCGUUUGGUGUCAGGAAUCAUUGUUUGGAAAUUUUCACUAUUUUCUGAGUAGUUGUUGUCUUCGUUAGUAAAAUGUUACAAAAUAUUUCAGUCUAGGCCCUUUUAGCACUGUCUUAAACUUCAGUCGGCAUAAUUUCAAGGCCUCUACAAAAUCUUAGCGUAUAUAUCUGUAGAAAGUCUAAGUUAUACCUUUGUGGCCUGUCACAAUACCUUGUCUUCGCGAGUAAAGCGAAGACAGUGUAAUCUAUUGAAUCAAACUUCGUUUGUUUCAACGAGAAGGUGAAAGCUCUGCAGUAGCUGUUAAUACCAUUACAAUCAAGGUGAUUUCAAAUGAUUCCAAAAAGUCUAGUUGGUCUUACUGGCGUAAUGGAAAAAUAUUUUCGUAUUGAAUGUUAUUUUCGUAUUAGUUGAAUGGUAUGUAAAUUUUUAUAGCUUAAUAAAGUAAUAAACUUGUUGCCAGUUCA